AUGGCAACUGUCCCUGACAAAGUGCAUGAGCUUGGUCCAUGGGGGCCAGCACUCUUCGUGGUCACUGUUGUGGGCUGCGAGAUGAUACCCCUCUUCCCCACACAGCCCCUGGCUCUGGCCAGCGGCCUGCUUUUUGGGCCUGUCGAGGGGGCUGCAUGUACCAUUGUAGCUGCAACGCUGGCGGCGUCAAUAGCGUUCACAGUGGCUCAGGGGCUGGGCCGCAAGUUGGCAGAGCGUAUCAUAGACAGCGAGGUUGGCGGUGAGUCAUCUGGGGGCAAAGGGAACGCCGCGCAGCAGGCGCUGGCGCGAGUGCAGGCGAGUGUGGAGAAGGGUGGCUUCUGGCAGCAGUACUCGGCCGUGCUCGCCCUGCGCAUGACCCCUGUCGUACCCUUCAGCGCUUCCAGCUACCUGCUGGGCCUCUCAUCUCUCCCCUACCAGCCGUUCCUGAUGGGCACACUCAGCGCGAUGGCCAUCUGGGGGCCGCUGUAUGCGACCAUCGGAGGCGCCAGCCGCGCAGUUCUGCAGAAUGGCGGCAACCUGGGAGAAGUUCUGUCAGAUCUGCAGGCGCGCACAGGGCAGUACACAGAGAAGGCCGCAGUGAUCGGACUGGUGCUGGGGCUCAUUACUCUGGGUUUGUGGUCAACUGGGGUCAUCAAGAGCCCCGACUCGCAGCCGAGGCAAUAGUUGGAAGCGCUGGUGCCAUGGCAGAAAUUGACAUCCGGCAGCAGGAAGUUGCUGAGAAGCUCCUAGGACCUUGCAGCGCUAUAUCAUGUAAGCAGUGGCAUCCUCAGCGUUUCUGCUGCACUGCAUGCUGUACUUGCGCAGAGUCGUGCUCAUAUUUUCAUCACUACAGAAGAAUCACACAAUCCGGUAGUCGUCCCUGCUUCGAAGAGGCAAGGCAUGUUCUGUUUCUCAGAGUGAGAAGAGUGGACUCGGGGCGCAGUUAGCCGAGUGGUGGCGCACGGCAGGUGGCUUUCAAUGCAUGCCCACGAAUAUGCGCCUAGUUUCUUUUGAGAUUCAGUGGCAAGAGGGAAUUUGGAUAUCGACAAUUAGAGUCUACUGAAUCUGUAAACCGAUUGGAUUCAACAGCAUGGUUGCUUAGGGUUGCUUGGCGGCAGUGACAACAAUGUCAUAGAGUGUUGUAACAAUUGCACGUUUC